CCGGGCUGUCGUUGACCGUGUGAGAGUUCACAGGGCAUGCAGAGGUCGUGUUGUGUUUUUCGCUCUCAGCUCGUAUUUUUUUGUAGCUAACCGCCAGGGACUAGUGAUGUGAUGGCCUUCCUGACUUUGUUCAUGAGAAGGCAGCUGCCGCAGGCCGUAGCUCACUUCUCCCGGGUCGUGAAGCUGGUCCGGCCUCCCUGCGCCGGAGCCCCGCUGCGGAGGCUGCACGGCUCGGGCCGGCUGCGACACGGCGAGAAGGGACCGUGGGGGAAGAGUCGGGGGCCGGAGCCGCAGCAGCACUACCAGUUCACAGACCUCGACAAGGCGGACGCUUUGAUGCUGAGAAAGUCCCAUGAAACAGGAUUCCUCUCGUGGUUCAGGAACGGUCUGCUGGCGACCGGGAUCGGAGUCAUUGCAUUUGUCCAGAGCGAAGUGGGACGAGAAGCAGCAUAUGCCUUCUUUAUCCUGGGAGGUGUGUGCGUGUCGUUUGGCGGCGCCUCGUACAUUGGCAGCCUCCUCGCCUUGCGGAGGAUGAUGCUGCUGUCUGUGCCAGCUCUGCUGCUCCAAGGCGCCGCCGUGGGCAGCGUCGCCCUCUUCUGGCUCUGCGCGGUAUCCCUCUACAUCGGCCGCCUGGAGGUGGAGAUCAUCCACGACGAGGAGGAGGGAGAGGACGAGGAAGAGUGCCGGGAGUGCCGCGAGAGGCGCGAACUCCGGGGUUAUCGCGGCUCCCACGACGGCGAGGACAGUGAUGGCAAGGGGUCAAAGAAGUAGAGAUCUUCCCGGGGAUGGAAGUGUGGCGUGUGUGUUGCUGUGAUUCAGGGUUUGCCCUUAUUUGUGUGAGUGUGUGUGUGUGUGUGUGUGUGCGCGCGCGUGCGGCGUGCGUGUGCUCAAGCAGCCUCCAUGUUUACGUGCAGGCUGUGUGUGAGUUUAUAGAUACAAACUUGCUAUCCAUUGUUCUGUUGAUGUAAAGGUUAUUGUAAAGGUAAAGAGAGACUUUUAGAUCUUUUGGAAAACUGGUCACGGGAAAUCAUUUGGUAGUUUGACUACAUUCACUUCUGGUGAAUAAAUCAGUUUUUUGUAAAGAAAAAAAAAGAAAAAGAAAAAAAAGAAAAGAAAAAUUCUUAUAAUCACACUUAUUCCAAGCUGCUUCACUUGCGUUAUCAAUCUGUCUGUAACUUGUAUUGAUUUAUUUUUGUUUUUGUACAUCUUCACACUCACACAAAGACUCACUGAGAAGGUCAAGUUUACUUUUCAGGGCACCGUAUGCAAUCAUGUUUAGAUCCUCUCGUCGGCUUUUCUCAGGCCAACUGUUGCUAGAUGCUAUUUGUCUUAUAAUCCUGUUCAACAUAAUUAACUGUGAUUGACUACUUGAAGUUUUCAUAAAAGUCUUGAAAUAAAAACAAGCUGGUUGUCAUAUGCUGUUAGAUGUAGAGAGAGUGGACAGACUAUGUGCACGUUUCAGGUCUCCUGUUGAUUGCAGAUUAAUGAGGACUUAGAAUAGAUUUUUUUUUUUUUUUUUUUACAGAGGUUUGAAUCACCCUGUAAAUUAUUUUUUUUUAUUUUGUUUUGUAAGGACAAUAGCACUUUUGGCAGUUUUUGUUUGUUAUUGUAAUUCUAGACUUUUGGAAACAAAGAGCAUUUUUUACAGCUUUUUUCUUCGGUUAUAUAUUUUUGCUUGGUAUUGUUGAUAUACAUGUACAGUACCUACAUGUAAUCAUAAACCAUUUUACACCUCUUGAGUGAAUUUUCACCAUCUGGUGAUCACUAGAAAUGCUGUUUUAAAGAAUUUAAAAGACAGUUGAUAGUAUUGAGUGUGUGCGUGGAAAUGGGGUUCACUAUUGUUUACUUUUGUUUGUGUGUGCACCACUUUCAAUGCAGCCUACUGUACAUACAGUAAUAAAGCCAGAAGAAACCUGUGUUGAGACAGACUGAAA